AUGGUGGACCAAGACUACAUGACUGUGGAGCCUGCCACCCUGGCUGAUAUAUCUGAUUUGAUCUCUCUUAUCAACGAGGGACUUAACCCGGAAGGAGAGGAAAAUGUUUAUCCGCACGAUGUUCACGGGACUAAGUUUGCUACGGAUGUCUUGAACGCCCUCGUGCAAGCCGAUAAGAAGCGCGUCGUGGUGUUUGUCGUUCGUGAUCCGAAGGGUUCGGUCAUUUCGACGGCAACCGUGCACAAGAUCGAUGCCGGAGAGAGCUUCGCCAGUGCAUGGACCGGAACCGACUGGGGCAUUCCUCUGCAACAGGGGGUUCAGCCUGAAACCCUGGAUGCGGUGUUCGGUGCGUGGGCGAGACGCCAUAAUAAGCUGAUGAAUCCCAACCCUCGUGUUUUCCUUGAGGCUCUUGUCACCCGGAAGACCUGGCAGAAGCGAGGAUGCGCAUCGGCCAUCCUCGAAAAGGCGGGUGAGACGGCAGACGAGUACGACUAUCCCUUGUUCCUCGAUGCGAUGAUCCCGGAAUUUUACCAGAAGCGGGGUUAUAUUGUUCUUCCUGAUACAUCGGGCACAGAAGCUGUGGGGUUGCCUAUGGUCAGGAAGAAAAAGAGCGAGCGUGUUUGA